AUGGGUCGCUGGUCGCAUCUUGACCCCGAUUACGAGCGCCUGCCGGAAGGCAUCACCCGUGUCGGCUAUGACGCCGAUACCGAGUCCUACACCUUCCAAGACAGGUCCGGCUCAUAUUGGGAGAGCAGACCUGGCCGACGAUAUGGGCCCCUGAGGCGCGUUCACGCAUCACCAAGUGUCCAGACGGUGCCUGUCGUUGAUACGCCACAUACCGCUCGAGUCGAUAAGAUGGUGAAAGAUGCACGCGAUAGUGAUGAAGAAGAAGGAGAUGGAGACGAAGAGUGUGAGCUUAUUCAAGGGGCAGAAGCUGAGUCAAAGGACCAGGACGCCGAGAGGUGCUGUGAGCCGACGCGGCACAGGAAACAUAUUGGCAAGGUGACGGGUAGUCUCUCCAGACUCUCUGGGUACUUUCGAGGGACGCAGAUUGAGCGUAGGACCACUCACAAUCUACGGAGGAACACUUUUCCCAUUUCCCAGGGGAACACCAGCAUGCCGGCUCAUUCGCAAGUGCUGGGUCGGGCUGUGACCUUUGACGAAAUAUUGGCACGGCGUGCAGAUAUGGACUACUGUACUCACUGCGGCAAGAUGAAAGGCCACUGA